UAGGUACACCUAUACAUAUACUCAUAUAGAGAGAGAAAGGAGUAGUACCUGCUGCUUUGCUUUUAUAGUUGUCGGCUUUUGCUUUUUCCACUCUCCAUCUUCUCCACCUUCACCACCACUCUUUUCUGCAACGAAUUCUCAGGUAACGGCAGCGCUACGCUUUGCUCCUGCAAGUGAAAUGGCGGCAAUGUGCAUCUGAGAUCUCUGCAUUUUCCUUCUAAAGCAAAAGGUUCAUUUCGUCCGAAGCUUCGAUACGAUGGGGAGUGUGUCAUCGGAGGAAGGCAGCGAGGACAGGUGCGGGAGCUACAGCUUGAGCGCGGACGUCAGCGAGUCGGAGAGCUCGAAUGGUGAAGUAGAGGAGGAUGAGUGCGGCGGCGCUUCGAGUUCCGCGGGGUUUUCCCCCUUCGCCGCCGGCGGUUCGGCGUCCUUGUCGCCGAUUUUCAGUUUUCCGGUCGUCGGAGGCAAGGAUGUGGUGGUUUGGGACGAGAAGCCGCUCAAACGUAGCUCUGAUUUGUCAGAAAUUGAGAUGAUGAAGGAAAGAUUUGCUAAGCUUCUUCUGGGCGAAGACAUGUCUGGAGGAGGUAAAGGAGUUUGUACUGCGCUAGCAAUUUCGAAUGCUAUCACUAAUCUUUCUGCUACUGUAUUUGGGGAAUUGUGGAGGCUGGAGCCCAUGGCUCCUCAAAAGAAGGCAAUGUGGUGCAGGGAGAUGGAAUGGCUCUUGUCUGUGAGUGAUUCGAUUGUGGAGCUUGUUCCCUCGAUUCAACAGUACCCGGGCGGUGGCACUUAUGAGGUGAUGGCAACGAGACCACGUUCAGACUUAUAUAUGAACUUGCCAGCACUCAAGAAGCUAGAUGCGAUGUUGAUCAGCAUUCUUGAUGGGUUUUGUGACACGGAGUUUUGGUAUGUUGAUCGAGGGAUUGUUGUGGAUGAUCAAGACAAGUAUUCACCCGGUGCAUUGUCUGGGAGGCCUUCUGUUCGACAGGAAGAGAAGUGGUGGCUUCCGUGCCCUAAGGUUCCUGGUAAGGGCCUGUCUGAAGAGUCGAGGAAGAGGUUGCAACAGUGCAGGGAUUGCACAAACCAGAUAUUGAAAGCAGCAUUAGCCAUAAAUGGUAAUGUGCUAGCUGAAAUGGACAUUCCAGCAGCCUAUAUUGAAACAUUGCCAAAGAAUGGAAGAGAUUGCUUGGGCGAUAUCAUCUACAGGUAUAUAACAGCUGAUCAGUUUGCACCCGAAUGCCUUCUUGAUUGCCUCGACUUGUCAACGGAGCAUCACACUCUAGACGUGGCAAAUAGAGUUGAGGCAGCCGUGCAUGUUUGGAAGAUGAAAGAAAAGAAGAAACACCCUAAUGACCCAAAAUCUAAGCGGAAGUCAUGGGGUGGUAAGGUGAAGGGUUUCGUAGCUGAACAUGGAGAAAAGAAUCUGUUUCUGGCGCAGCGUGCUGAGACAUUGUUGCACAGUCUUAGGCUUCGUUUCCCCGGCCUUCCACAAACUGCACUAGAUAUGAGCAAAAUUCAGUACAACAAGGAUGUAGGGCACUCCAUUCUUGAAAGCUAUUCGCGAGUCAUGGAGAGUUUAGCGUUCAAUAUAAUUGCUAGGAUCGAUGAUGUUGUGUUUGUGGAUGAUGCCACAAGGCGUUGCGCUGCAGCAGAGUCCAUGUCAAUCUUCGGCAGGGGAGGCGGUUUCAAUGGCCUGCCCAUUCAAAAGAAGAUGUCACCGAGUCCCUUCUCCAUUCAGCACACGCCCUACACAUCUCCAUUCGCAACCCCAACCUUCUGUUCAUCCCCGCCCAUGCCCAACAGCCCGAGAAGGUCCGUUACUCCACUGAGCAAGGCUGCCCAGACAAGAGUGCCAAAUCAUAAACUCGACAAAGUUGUGCCUACAGAUCUUGAUAAACUCUGGUCCUACGCUGGAAAUCUCGGGUCCAGGAGAGUCCCGUGGGACGCCCCAGAACGCGACUGAUGAUCUGAUUAUCUGGUUGGAAGCAAGUCGGAAGUGUUAAAUAGCGGAAGAUUCAUCUUUAUAUAUCCUGUAUAUUUGCCUAGUUAGGUAUUUUUAUUUACCUGUCGAAGUUUUGAUCUUUCUUCUUAGCACUUGACAAGAUAAAUUAGGUUUAUUUAUUUACCGCAGUUAUGUAAUUUCAACACUGAACUUGGGUAGUCUACAGCUUGUUGAUUACUAAUUGUGGUUGCUGGAAUUUAAUGUAUUCAAGCAAAUUUCAUCCUAGAAAA